AUGUCUCUUUUACCCCUCAGCUUCUUCCUCUUCUUCAUCACACUAUCUGCCAUUGUGGCUUCUGCUGCAACUGUACAGACACUUAACACAAAUCAGCAGCAUCCAAAUGAUAAAGGUUACACCUUUCACAACCCAAAGCUUCCACCUAAAACCCUCACCACUUCCAAAAAAUUUGAAGGUUCAUCGGAGCUUGUCAACCUCCGAUACCAUAUGGGUCCUGUUCUUUCUUCUCCGAUCAGCAUUUACCUCAUAUGGUAUGGAAAGUGGGCCCCUACCCAGAUGUUGCUGAUCAAAGACUUCCUUCUAUCUAUCUCCACCACCAACCGCCGUGCAGCCCCGCAUCCAUCGGUCUCCGACUGGUGGCAGACGGUUUCACUCUACACCGAUCAAACCAACGCCAACAUCUCCCGCUCCAUCCUCAUCGCCGGAGAAUAUUCUGAUCGUAAGUACACUCAUGGAACACACCUCACUCGUUUGACAAUCCAAGAUGUCAUUGCUUCAUCCGUACGAUCAGCUCCGUUUCCGGUUGAUCACAAGAACGGGAUUUACCUCGUCUUGACUUCCGUCGACGUCACCGUUGAGGAUUUCUGUCGGGCCGUUUGUGGGUUCCACUACUUCACAUUCCCAUCGAAAGUAGGCUACACUUUACCUUACGCAUGGGUGGGGAACUCCGGCAAACAAUGCCCGGAGGUUUGCGCUUACCCGUUUGCCGUUCCGGCGUAUAUGCAGGGUGGAGGGCCGGGUGCAUUAGCUCCACCCAAUGGCGACGUCGGAAUUGACGGGAUGAUCAGUGUGAUCGGGCACGAGCUGGCGGAGCUGUCGUCGAAUCCGUUGGUGAAUGCUUGGUACGCCGGGGAAGAUCCGACGGCGCCGACAGAGAUCGGUGAUUUGUGUGAGGGGUUAUACGGGUCGGGUGGUGGAGGCGGGUACAUUGGGGAGGUGAUGAAAGACGGGUCGGGUCGUACGUUUAAUAUGAAUGGUAGAAGAGGCAGAAAGUUCUUGGUACAAUGGAUAUGGAGCCCCGUUUUGAAGGCAUGUGCUGGACCCAAUGCGAGAGAUUGA